AUGCUAAGUGUGAAAGAGUUCAAGAGUACUCCAAUAACAGAGACAAAAGGAUAAUGUGGUUUUGAUAUUAGUGGGAAUAGAGCAUUAUUAACAUGGAAUUAAAGCUUGAUUGAGUAUGAUUUAAUUGAGCACAAAAAAACCGCGGAAACUGUGCUUGAGUCAAAUAUGUUGUCUUUAGCAAUUCACCCAUUAAAUUAAUAGGUUUUCGCAAUAGGAGAGAUGAGAGUAGAUACAUAUGAUGAUAUAUAAAUGACAGCUCCAUCUCUAAUUGUGACAUUAACAGGAAAGGUGAUUUAGAUUAAAUAUAAUAAUAAUGGUAAAAUAAUGGGGAUUGCAUCUGAAGAGAAUUCAUUAAUAUUGAGUAGGGAUAAUAAGAUAUCAAGAUGUAAACCUGGACAUGAUGGAAUGAUAUUAAGUUGUUCAUUUGAUCCAAGAGAUAGAUUGGUAUGUAGUAUUGGUUGCGAUGGUUGUUUAAUAGUGUAUUAAUUAUCAUAAAUACCAUAAUUAUUGUAGAGAUACACAAUUAGUAAAUAAUUAUCUCCAGAUACUUUCCAAAAGUUGUAAUCAGAUUUUCAUCCCUCAGGUAACUCAUUUUGGAUUGCUGGAAAGAUAAAUGCACAAUAUAUAAUUACAGAGGAUGAACCCUAAGAUUUAUAACAAUAAUAUUAGAUUCUGCAUAAGAGUGAGAUAUGUAUAAUAAAAUGGAUGAAAGAGAAUUGUGUAGGAUCAUGUUCAUUAGAUGGUGAAAUUAAAUUAUGGCAUUUUAAAUCAUUUACUGAUUUAUCAUUGCAUUGGUAAUUUAAUAUUCAAUGCACACCAUUGUAUAUGAUAAUGAUUUAAAAGUUAUUAUAUUUAUUUGAUAGUAAUGGAAAUUUAAUAGAAACAAGUUUAGAUCCACCAUUAACAGAUUAUGAGAGAAUUUAUAAAGAUAAAAAUAGUGCUUUACAAGAUUUAUUAAAUUAGAAAGCAAAGAAGAACAAUAAUUAAGCAAUCGAAGAAGAAUUGAUGGAUGAAUAGGAGAUUAUGGAAAAUAAGGAUGGAUUGGAUAAUAAUGUAAAUGCAAAAUAGAAAUAAUAAAAAUAAUAAGUAAUGGAUUCUGGAAUGUAAGAUAUUCUAAGACCAGGUGAAACAUUAUUAUCUAGAGGAAGAUAAUAUUUAUGUUAUAAUACAGUUGGAACAAUUAUAUUGUGUAAGAAUACAAAUAUGAUUGAAUUUGAAUUCUUUGAUUCAACAUUUUAUAAGAAAUUUAAAAUAAGUAAUUAAUAAAGAUAUGCAAUCGGUACAUUGAAUUAUAGAGGAUGUGUAUUGGCAUCAAAAGGACCGAACGAUUUAGAUGAAUAAGGUUAUUUAGUAGGAGAUGGAAAAUCUAUAGUGUUUUUCUAAUAAUUUAUAGGGGAUGUAGAUGAUUUUGAAUUUUCAUUACCAGAUGAAGAAGGAGCUGAACUUGUUACAAUUGGAAAUGAUUGGUUUGCCAUAAUGAGUGAUCAUGGAAUUUGUAGAGUGGUUUCAUUUUGUGGUUUGUAACUCUUAGAAUUUAAUACAAAUAGACCUGUUGUGUCUAUGUGUGCAUAUGAACAUUUAUUAUGUUUGGUUUGUCAUGAUUCAUCUCCAAUGUUAAAUCAAUAAGUUUUGAAAUGUAGAGUAUAUGAUAUUGAUUUACAAAAAUUAAUUGAAGAAUUUGAUAUAUUCCUUACUCCAUUUUCAUCACUUUCAUGGAUUGGUUAUUCUGAUGAAGGAUUGUUGACAAUCUAAGAUACAAAAGGAGUGAUUAGAAUUUAUUAGUAAAGUAGAUGGAUUGAAGUCUAUCAUAAUUAAAGAGUUUGGCUUUAUGGUAUACAAGAUUAUAAGUUAUGUUUGUUAAAAACAGAAUAACCACUGGCAUCAAUGAAAUAGGAAAUGAUUUAAUAGAAUUUUGAAUAACCUUUUUUAACUUCAUUUUAGGAUGAAAAGUUAGUUACAAAUUAUAAACAAUUUCUUAAUUAAUUGAUUAUAUUGAAUCAUGAAUUAUAUAGAUGGAAUGAAUUUGGCAAAUAUUAUUAUGCUCGAAACGAUGAUAAAUAAAAUGAUAUUCUUGUAAGAUACACAUAAAAUUUAUAUGAUUCUACCAAAAUUGAAGAUACGUAAAAAUUGUUAAGAAAACUCAGAGUUGAAUUGUUUAAGUAGAUUUUAAAUGAAUCAAAAGACAAAGCUAUUGAAUUCUUUAAGUGUCACAUUAAAGAUGAAUAUGAUAUGAAUUCUAUUAUCAGUUUAUUAGAAUUAUAGAAGGAAAAAUAGACAUCAAAUAAGGAAAUUUUAAAAUUGUUAAAUCAAAUUAAAUUAUUAUAGAGGGUAAUAAAUAUCAUUAAUAUUAUUGUAGUAAUAAAUAAUCAAAUAGUAAUAGAAGUUUGGUAUUGACAAAAGACCUUCGUCUCCAAAGAGAUAAGGAUUUGGAUUAUAGAAAUAAAAUGAUUAAGUGAAUUUGAAUUAAAUAAAAUCAAUUUUAGAACAUAAAGAACACUAAUAAUAAUAAUAAUAACAAUAAUAACAAUAAUAAUAAUAAUACUAAACUUAAUCAUAAAGAAUUGAAAGUUAAUAAGAAGAUGAAGAUUUUAAUCCAUUUGCAAAAUCAGCAAAUAAAAAAUAAAGUAGUAUCUUUGAUAUAGGAGAGAAGAGAAAACCAACACAGACAUUUGGAACAUAAAAUAUAAAAAAAAAGAAUUGA